AUGAAGACUUAAGAAGUGUGUAUUCUGAAGAAUAAACUAAAUAUCCAUCUCACACAAAUCCUCAACGAAUAAACACUUGUAACAUACUCUUCCAUCCAUCAUAAUGAUAACAUAUUGCCCAUUGAGGUCCCCUAUUUGAAGGUUUUGUCCAUCCAAUACAUCUUGACAUCAGAUGGCAUACUUGAAAGAGAUGGAAACAUAGUGUAUUUGAGUCCCAACAUACUCGAUGCAUUCGUUAUCAACAACUUAAUCUUCAUUCAGUUGACUGAUUAGUUUCUAUUGCACAACACCAAUACUCAAGAACAAUACACAAUUUUGAACAAUAUGAAAAUUGAGAGCUUUGCUAUUAGUUAUCCCAAAGUGGCUAUUGAAUCCUCAUACUAUUACAUUUUUGAUGACAAGACCAGGAGUUUGAUCAAAGUUGGAAACACAGAAAAAAAUAAAAAGUUUGGAUGCUCAUUUUAUUAGUCCUACUUGUUUUGUGGUCGACCAAAUGGUAUUUUAUGGAAGGCUAAAAUGACAGGAGAAGUGUAAUCAUCUUAUAAAUUUGCAGGUCUCAAAUUUAAUUAGAUUAAUAUAGUAAAUAAUUAUAUUUACAACAUAAAUCAAAACACAUGCACCAUCAUUUUCAUCGAUGACAUGUCCAUUCUUACUAAUAUUGAAUUGAUCUCUUAGCAGAUCUAUUUUGCUAAAAACAAAUUGCUCUACUUUGAUAAAGAGUAUCUGUACACUCUACAGAUCCUCAACCUAGAAGAUGCCUUUAAUCAAUAUGCUACUCAAGGAGAUCCCAAAGCCAUCGAACUCUUCAAAACCCAUUCUCAAUUAUAAACCUAUCAAAAUGGAUUAUUACUUUAUAAAUAUAAAUCUAAUGAAAUUGAGGAUAUUUUAUAAAAUUUACAACGGGGUUAAUUUAAAUUUUCAUUUCUAAGCAACAAGACUCUCAUACCUAAUAAAUAACAAAUCUAAUUCAAAGAUGAAGUGGGAGUUAAGUAAUCUUGUUAAUGGUUGGCUGUCGAUCCAGUUAUAUCCAACAAGUAAGUUGAUUUAGGCAAUGUCUUAGAUAAGAUUAAUAGCAAAUUAUUUCAAUAUAAGGGCAUGCGUAGACUGAGAAGGUAUUUAAAUGUUCAAUCAUUCAAUAAUUUAAAUUUAUUACAUAGUUAAAUAAUAAAGAAUAUUAGAGCAUUCAAAAAAUGGGAAUUGUUGAUUAUCCAACAAAAUUUUAAAACAUUAAUUUUGUAUUCAAUUAAUCCGAGAAUAGAUAAAAUGGAGAAAUAAACAGUUAGAGGAUAGAAUUUGAAUAAAUAUUAUAUAAAAUAAAAAAUACAAAAAAAAUUUAAAAUGGCAGAAGCUACGCCUGAAAUCACGUUAUAGAUUUAUGCCUCAGCCCUUGAAAAUUUGGAGAAAGCAUACGACAUCUUGCACACUCCUUAUUCCAAUUUUAUGGUGGAGAGCACAAAAAUCCUAGUAUCUCCUGAUUAUCCAGUUGAAAUAAGAAUCAAUAUUGGAGUAUUGCUUAGGAAUAUUUUGAUCGAAUAAUGGGAAUCGAUAUAACCAUCUCGUAAAAUAAUACGUGAACUUCUUUUAAAUGGGUUAGUUAUGAAUGUCUCAAACAUGCCUAUCAUAGAAUUGAUUGUAAUCGAUAAUUAAUACUUUUAAGUCUUCAAUAAUAAUCCAAGUCACAUUUGGCCAAGUCCAUUGAUGGAACUUUUAAAUUGGAUGGAUGAUAUAAAUGCAGUUGAAUCUAGUUUAGAACUGUUCUUACAAUUGUUUGGCAAAUUGAGCGAGACAAACGGAGAGCAUCAAAACUUAUUAAAAGAGAUAGUGCCUUCAGUGCUUGAAAAGGGAUUUGGCAUAUUUGCAUAGCCAGAAUUAAAUGAGAUGCUCAGAGAGAAAAUACUAUUGAUGGUGUACCUAAUAUUGAGAUCAAUUUCUUUUGCUGAUGGAACAGACAACUCCCUAGUCAAUAAAUGUUUGGACAAUACAUUCCAAAUAUGGAUGUCAUUGUUUUUAUCAGCCUUACAAACCUCCCCAAGAUCACACAUCUUCAUUAAGAAGUUGGUCUUAAAGAUUUUGAUCAUUAUUUUCAGGGAUUUUGGAUUUUAUAGUAGGAAAUCCUUGGCUCUAUCUUUAAUUCCAAUUUGGAAGUUUUUCAAUUCCAUUACGCAAUUAUACAUUGGUCACAUAGUGUAUCAGAUAGAUGUGGAACACAUAGACGGAUUGUUUAGUGAAGAAACAAAAGAAUUACCUUUUAGUAAUUAGAGAAUAAUAAAUUUAAGAAAUGGUAAAUUUACAUGUGUGAUUUUAUUAGAUAUUGAAUACAAAUACCUUAAUGAAGAUGAUGAUUACGAGAAUCAUAUUGAAGGAUUGUGUGCAUAUUCUAUAGAGUUGAUUACAAUUUUAGUUACAAAACCAGCUCUUUAUAAUUUGAUCAAAUUUGGAACAUUCCCAUUAUUGAAUACUCUUUCAACAUUUUUGACUGCCACCAAAGAAUAAGAAAAAUAAUGGAUCAAAGAUCCCAGUUACUUCAUAUUGAAUGAUGAGGAGGAAUUACUAUAAAAAAGUGUUCGAACCUUGGCUUUGAGAUUGAUUAAUGAUAUGAUCGAGAAGUAUGGGGAUUAAUUUAUUCAACAAAUACUGAUAGUUGGAGAAAAGUUAAUACUCAAUAGGGACGAGAAGGAAUUCCUAGAUUUGGCAUAAUCCAUUAUAUCUAAAUUGAAUUUUCAAGAAUUGAAGGGACAAUAAACAAAAGAUUUUGAUCAAGAUAGUGUUAUGCAAUUUAUGAAAGGAUCCAUCAUAACCAUCAAUAAUAAUCAUUAUCUAAAGUCAUUCAUCUAAAAAAGGAAAGAAAUUGGUUAUCUAUUGUUGGGCAGUUUCUCAGAGGACAUAAUUGUGUUCCAAUAAAAACAUCAGAGCACUUUCGAUAUCAAAAAGUGUAUAUAGAAUAUACUGUAUGAAUUGGAGAAAUAGAAUUCAUAUAGUUUAUAAGCUCGAGCUAUAUGGAGCACAACCAGAUAUUCGGAUUUGAUUAGUCACUAAUUCAAAGAAUUGAUAGUGCCCCUUUUUGAAUCUGUCAUUCAUUAUUUGGAUUCAAAAUACCCCAUUACUCUUCGCAUCAUUUCAGUCAAAGCAUUAGGAAAUUAUGCAUCAAAAAUUCACAAAUACAGCAUUCCUUUUGAAUAUUAGUAAGAAUUUAUGGAAUCAGUGCUUAAUGUACUUUAAGAGGCAAAUCAAGACUAAAUGAUUUCUAUUUUAGAAUCUACAAUCCAUUUAGUUAAGUUUUCACCUACUUUAGCUACAACUCUAGCCAAAAAUGGAUCAAAAGUCUUAUUAUAGUUUUUCAGUGUUUUCCAUUCAGAAUAAUGCUUCAUCAAACCAUUAAAUGAAUUAAUAGUGAGAAUAUGUUAAUGCAAGGAAGCAUACCCUCACAUAUUUGAAGUGUUUUGUCCAUUCAUUUUGGAUUGUUUCUAAGUAUUUUAUGAAGAUGUCCACAAAAUAUAAGAUAAAAGCAAGAUCAAAUAAAGUGAUAUUUCCUUGAUGAGUGCCAUCAUGAGCAUUACCUCAACCUUUAUCAAAUUCUGUUCAGAUAGUAAAGCACAAGAAGCUUUCAUUAAUUUACUACCUUCUAUGGUCAAUUUAAUUCUGAUAAAUGAAGAUCCACAAUUGUAAGUUCAUACUAGUUAAUGUCUCAAGAACUUCAUUAUAAUCGAGACCGGAUAAAUAUUGAAGAUGAAUUUGGUUUAAGAUGUCAUGAAGGUCAACUUAAAAUUAUUGGAAGUACCUUAGAAUUCAGCAAAUGAAUCAGCUUCACUAUUUGCAGGCAAUUUAGUUAUGAUUACAAUCAACAAUCUCUUAGAUGGAAAUCCUGAUCUGAAUCUAUUAAAGGCAGUUGUGUUUAAGAUUUACAGAUCUAGAAUGCCAUCUACAGUCUAAUCCUUAGUUCUCGUAUAUGCUAGAAUGAUAAUCGAAAAACCAAAAGAGUCAAUAGCCUUUUUGACUUCUUGGAGUAUCGACAACAGAAUGGCUCUGAAAGUGUUGAUUGAUAAGUGGUUAUUAUAAUAACCUCUGUUUAGAGGGAAGGGAACUAAAAAUGCUACAUUUUCAGCUCUAAUGAAAUUGUUCUUAGUUAAAGAUAAAACCCUAGAGAACCUAUUAGUUAUUGGGUACAAUCCUAGUCAUCAGAAUAUCAAUAGUGAUGUAUAUGCACCAUUCAAAAUCUUAUCUUUAUUGAUAAGAUGUCUAGAUAAUGAAAUUGUACCUUCCAAAUAGGAUAAUGUUAAUCAAUAAUAAGAAGAUGAUCGUUUGGAAGUGGACAAUGAUGAUGACGAUUUCAAUGACAAAAAGUACCAAGAUCAAGUUGAUGUGGAUUUAGAAAAAAUUAAAGAUGAUGAAGAUUAAGACAUUGCAGAUAGAUUUGCUUCCUUGGAUCCCAAAGAAAAGAAAGACAAAGGAUUAGCAGAUUUAGAGACAGGAUCAACCUUGUACAUGAGUGAAUUCUUAGAUUUUAAUCAAGAAGUAGGAGAAGAAUGUGAUGAAACAACCGAAGAAGAUUUAACUUAUUUGAAAGAUCCAUGUUUAAACAUAAAUCUUGUGAAUACCCUGUAAGAGUUUUUCACAAAUUUAUAAAAAAAUGACCAAGAAUAUUUCAAAUUUUGCUUGCGCCAUUUACUUAAAGAGGACAUACUCUUAUUAUAGAAGCAUAUUAAACUGAACUUCUGA